AUGAAACUACAACACGUGCAGAGACAACGACGAUACACAACGACGAUACGUGAAGUUCCAACAACUACUGCGGGAACUACAACAACAGAAAGUGUAGCGACAACCACGCAAGGAGCAGUUACCACAUCACCUUCACAAACAACAGAACAUACAACGUCCCUGGCAAAUGAAACUACAACACGUGCAGAGACAACGACGAUACGUGAAGUUCCAACAACUACUGCGGGAACUACAACAGAAAGUGUAGCGACAACCACGCAAGGAGCAGUUACUACAUCACCUUCACAAACAACAGAACAUACAACGUCCCUGGCAAAUGAAACUACAACACGUGCAGAGACGACGAUACGUGAAAUUCCAACAACUACUGCGGGAACUACAACAACAGAAAGUGUAGCGACAACCACGCAAGGAGCACUUACCACAUCACCUUCACAAACAACAGAACAUACAGCGUCCCUGGCAAAUGAAACUACAACACGUGCAGAGACCACGAUACGUGAAAUUCCAACAACUACUGCUGGAUAUACAACAACAGAAAGUGUAGCGACAACCACGCAAGGAGCAGUUACCACAUCACCUUCACAAACAACAGAACAUACAACGUCCCUGGCAAAUGAAACUACAACUCGUGCAGAGACAACGAUACGUGAAGUUCCAACAACUACUGCGGGAGACGUUGUAUGUUCUGUUGUUUGUGAAGGUGAUGUGGUAACUGCUCCUUGCGUGGUUGUCGCUUACACUUUCUGUUGUUUGCCCACAACUACAACGCCAGUUCCAACAACUACAACGCCGGUUCCAACUACCACAACACCGCUUCCAACGACUACAACUCCAGUGCCAACAACAACGACACCGGUUCCAACGACUACAACGCCAGUUCCAACAACCACAACGCCAGUUCCAACAACCACAACACAACUUCCAACAACUACAACUCCUGUUCCAACAACUACAACACCUGUUCCAACAACUACAACGCCAGUUCCAACAACCACAACACCAGUUCCAACAACCACAACCCCGGUUCCAACGACUACAACUCCCGUGCCCACAACCACGACACCGGUUCCAACAACUACAACGCCAGUUCCAACAACUACAACACCGGUUCCAACAACCACAACACCGGUUCCAACGACUACAACACCAGUGCCCACAACAACGACACCGGUUCCAACGACUACAACGCCAGUUCCAACAACUACAACGCCGGUUCCAACAUCUACAACGCCAGUUCCUACAACCACAACACCACUUCCAACAACUACGACGCCAGUUCCAACAACCACGACACCUGUUCCAACAACUACAACGCCAGUUCUAACAACUACAACUCCGGUUCCAACAACCACAACACCAGUUCCAACAACUACAACGCCGGAUCCAACAACCACAACACCUGUUCCAACAUCUACAUCAAAUCCAACAACGACAUCGCCCGCAGAAACCACCACUGCAGAAACUACUAUAGAUGACUGUCCAACGGAUGUUGAUGAUCAAUGCUCCUCAACAACUACCACUCCUGUUCCCACAACUACAACGCCAGUUCCCACAACCACACCUGUUCCAACAACCACAACACCGGCUCCCACAACAACAACUCCUGUGUUAACAACCACAACACCGGUUCCAACCACAACGCCAGUUCCAACAACCACAACAGCGGUUCCAACAACCACAACACCGGUUCCCACAACUACAACUCCAGUUCCAACAACUACUACACCGGUUCCAACCACAACGCCUGUUCCAACAACCACAACAUCGGUUUCAACAACCACAACACCGGUACCAACAACUACAACGCCACUUCCGACAACUACAACGCCGGUUCCAACAACCACGACACCGGUUCCAACAACUACAACGCCAGUUCCAACAACUACAACUCCUGUUCCAACAACCACAACACCAGUUCCAACAACCACAACGCCUGUUCCAACAACUACAACUCCUGUUCCAACAACCACAACACCAGUUCCAACAACUACAACGCCAGUUCCAACAACCACAACACCAGUUCCAACAACUACAACUCCUGUUCCAACGACCACAACACCAGUUCCAACAACCACAACGCCUGUUCCAACAACUACAACUCCUGUUCCAACAACCACAACACCAGUUCCAACAACUACAACGCCAGUUCCAACAACCACAACACCAGUUCCAACAACCACAACGCCUGUUCCAACAACUACAACUCCUGUUCCAACAACCACAACACCAGUUCAAACAACUACAACGCCUGUUCCAACAACUACAACGCCGGUUCCAACAACCACAACACCGGUUCCAACGACUACAACUCCAGUGCCCACAACUACAACGCCAGUUCCAACAACUACAACGCCGGUUCCAACAACCACAACACCGGUUCCAACGACUACAACUCCAGUGCCAACAACAACGACACCGGUUCCAACGACUACAACGCCAGUUCCAACAACCACAACGCCAGUUUCGACAACUACAACGCCGGUUCCAACAACCACGACACCGGUUCCAACAACUACAACGCCAGUUCCAACAACCACAACACCAGUCCCAACAACCACAACACCAGUUCCAACGACUACAACUCCAGUGCCCACAACCACGACUCCGGUUCCAACAACUACAACGCCAGUUCCAACAACUACAACACCGGUUCCAACAACCACAACACCGGUUCCAACGACUACAACACCAGUGCCCACAACAACGACACCGGUUCCAACGACUACAACGCCAGUUCCAACAACUACAACGCCGGUUCCAACAUCUACAACGCCAGUUCCUACAACCACAACACCACUUCCAACAACUACGACGCCAGUUCCAACAACCACGACACCUGUUCCAACAACUACAACGCCAGUUCCAACAACUACAACUCCGGUUCCAACAACCACAACACCAGUUCCAACAACUACAACGCCGGAUCCAACAACCACAACACCUGUUCCAACAUCUACAUCAAAUCCAACAACGACAUCGCCCGCAGAAACCACCACUGCAGAAACUACUAUAGAUGACUGUCCAACGGAUGUUGAUGAUCAAUGCUCCUCAACAACUACCACUCCUGUUCCCACAACUACAACGCCAGUUCCCACAACCACACCUGUUCCAACAACCACAACACCGGCUCCCACAACAACAACUCCUGUGUUAACAACCACAACACCGGUUCCAACCACAACGCCAGUUCCAACAACCACAACAGCGGUUCCAACAACCACAACACCGGUUCCCACAACUACAACUCCAGUUCCAACAACUACUACACCGGUUCCAACCACAACGCCUGUUCCAACAACCACAACAUCGGUUUCAACAACCACAACACCGGUACCAACAACUACAACGCCACUUCCGACAACUACAACGCCGGUUCCAACAACCACGACACCGGUUCCAACAACUACAACGCCAGUUCCAACAACUACAACUCCUGUUCCAACAACCACAACACCAGUUCCAACAACCACAACGCCUGUUCCAACAACUACAACUCCUGUUCCAACAACCACAACACCAGUUCCAACAACUACAACGCCAGUUCCAACAACCACAACACCAGUUCCAACAACUACAACUCCUGUUCCAACGACCACAACACCAGUUCCAACAACCACAACGCCUGUUCCAACAACUACAACUCCUGUUCCAACAACCACAACACCAGUUCCAACAACUACAACGCCAGUUCCAACAACCACAACACCAGUUCCAACAACUACAACGCCGGAUCCAACAACCACAACACCUGUUCCAACAACUACAACGCCAGUUCCAACAACCACAACACCAGUCCCAACAACCACAACACCAGUUCCAACGACUACAACUCCCGUGCCCACAACCACGACACCGGUUCCAACAACUACAACGCCAGUUCCAACAACUACAACACCGGUUCCAACAACCACAACACCGGUUCCAACGACUACAACACCAGUGCCCACAACAACGACACCGGUUCCAACGACUACAACGCCAGUUCCAACAACUACAACGCCGGUUCCAACAUCUACAACGCCAGUUCCUACAACCACAACACCACUUCCAACAACUACGACGCCAGUUCCAACAACCACGACACCUGUUCCAACAACUACAACGCCAGUUCCAACAACUACAACUCCGGUUCCAACAACCACAACACCAGUUCCAACAACUACAACGCCGGAUCCAACAACCACAACACCUGUUCCAACAUCUACAUCAAAUCCAACAACGACAUCGCCCGCAGAAACCACCACUGCAGAAACUACUAUAGAUGACUGUCCAACGGAUGUUGAUGAUCAAUGCUCCUCAACAACUACCACUCCUGUUCCCACAACUACAACGCCAGUUCCCACAACCACACCUGUUCCAACAACCACAACACCGGCUCCCACAACAACAACUCCUGUGUUAACAACCACAACACCGGUUCCAACCACAACGCCAGUUCCAACAACCACAACAGCGGUUCCAACAACCACAACACCGGUUCCCACAACUACAACUCCAGUUCCAACAACUACUACACCGGUUCCAACCACAACGCCUGUUCCAACAACCACAACAUCGGUUUCAACAACCACAACACCGGUACCAACAACUACAACGCCAGUUCCCACAACCACGACACCUGUUCCAACAACCACAACACCGGUUCCAACAACCACAACACCGGUUCCCACAACUACAACUCCAGUUCCAACAACCACAACACCUAAACCAACCACCACAUCACCGAUUGCAACUACCACCACACCGGUUCCAACAACCACAACACCGGUUCCAACAACCACAACACCGGUUCCCACAACCACAACACCGGUUCCCACAACUACAACUCCAGUUCCAACAACCACAACACCGAAACCAACCCCCACAACACCGAUUGCAACUACCACCACACCGGUUCCAAUUACCACGACACCGGUUCCAACAACCACAACACCAAAACCUACUACUACAACACCGAAACCAACCACCACAACACCGAUUGCAACUACCACCACACCGGUUCCAAUUACCACGACACCGGUUCCAACAACCACAACACCAAAACCUACGACUACAACACCGAAACCAACCACCACAACACCGAUUGCAGUGACUACCACACCGGAUCCAACAACCACAACACCGGUUCCAACAACUACAACGCCAGUUCCCACAACCACGACACCUGCUCCAACAACUACAACGCCCGUUCCAACAACCACAACACCGGUUCCCACAACCACAACACCGGUUCCCACAACUACUACUCCAGUUCCAACAACCACAACACCGAAACCAACCACCACAACACCAAUUGCAACUACCACCACACCGGAUCCAACAACCACAACACCGGUUCCAACAACUACAACGCCAGUUCCCACAACCACGACACCUGCUCCAACAACUACAACGCCCGUUCCAACAACCACAACACCGGUUCCCACAACCACAACACCGGUUCCCACAACUACAACUCCAGUUCCAACAACCACAACACCGAAACCAACCACCACAACACCGAUUGCAACUACCACCACACCGGUUCCAAUUACCACGACACCGGUUCCAACAACCACAACACCAAAACCUACUACUACAACACCGAAACCAACCACCACAACACCGAUUGCAGUGACUACCACACCGGUUCCAACAACUACAACGCCAGCGCUAACAACAACGACACCAGUUCCAACAACUAUGGGACCUACAACACCUCCUGACAACCAAUGCCCUAUAAUUAAGCCUCCUGCUGUAACAACAACUGCUCCAAUCCAAUGUAACUCAAGCGCAACCAUACAAGAAUCUACUUGUGACACCGUAACUGUUAUUAUCAAAAUAGGGGAGUCCACUGUGACGCUUGAUGUUGGAGAUUCUACUACCAUUAUAAUGAACACAGACGACGUGGGUAAAUGUACGGGAAUUAAUGGUUGCCAAGGUGUGCAGUGCAUAUCGACUACUCCUGUGGAUCCUACAAAUUGUGGUUUCAAUUGCGAUCCUUCUGUGGUAAUCACAUUACCAAACUCAACUCCAAGUCUGGUCGUAAUUCCAUCAAAUGAUAGUAUCUCAACAUCAGUUAUAAUAAAUCCUCCAAAGUUAAGUACGAAAAUGUUUUCUCGUUCAAUAAUUUCGCCACGUUAUGUUGACGAUAACGAAUUUAGGUGUCCAGGAGUUGGAAAAUAUCCAGAUGAAGUUUAUUGUAAUAUCUAUUACUUGUGUUUGAACAAUAGUUUAUUUGGUAGUAAACAAUAUUGCGUUGACGGAAGCAAUUUCGACGCAAAAAGUAAACGCUGUACCGCAUCACCUGUGCAGUGCCCCGGAGAACCAGAUUUGGAAUGUGCCUUUGUGGGGUACCAUUCGCAUCCGUUGUACUGCAACAGAUACUAUUUGUGCACUUGGAAUGCGAGCGAUCAAAUGUACGACGUGCAACACUACCGCUGUCCAAAUCAACACAAAUUUGAUGCAGGAAUACUGCAGUGUAAGACCGAAAAUGUAGAAUGUUCUCCGUAUUCCACUAUAGAAAUUCCUUUGAACGAACAACCGCAGUUCACUUGCGAAGCGAACGGGCUGUACGAAAACGAAUACGACUGUACAGAAUACUACCUUUGUCGGCACUCAAAUCCAGUGGCUAUAAGGAAGAAAUGCCAAGGUGAAAUGUAUUUCGACAGACUACGUAAAAUAUGUAUGAAUAAGGAAGAAGUGCAUUGUCCGAUAAGCGUGGCGAAUUCUUAGAGCUCCCACCAGAAGAAUUCCGACCACCUACUAUCAAGUACCUAUACUCUUUAUACCUAAGUUAGGUGCGGUCAAAAUUUUCACCCAUUGCGGCGCACGCAAUAGUGAUAGUGAAAGUUUUGCCUCUCAAACAAUAAAUGCAUAACAUUUUGA